AACAGAGAACAAAGACUAACAUUUUGAUCAUGCAAAGAGUGUUUUGAUUUCAAGUGUUAAGCACAUCAUUUCUCACUUUACCCUCUUUUCUUCUAAAUGUCUCGCAUACUAGUAGAAGAUGAUAAUGCAACACCGUUUCAUUCAAUGGAGAUUAUUAGUUCGUCGUUGACUUUAGGUCAACUUCUCAAGAACGUUAGCGACGUCCGUAAGGUACAAGUCGGCGACGAGACUCCUGUUCAUGAGUUCUUUGACCGAGACGGUUCUUCACUUGACGGAGAUGAUGAUCAUCUCAUGCGUCCUGUUCCCUUCGUUCUAUCUUUCAACAACCUCACUUACAACGUCUCUGUUCGCCGGAAACUUGAGUUUCACGACCUGGUUCCAUGGAGGAGGUCAUCUUUCUCCAAGACCAAAACUCUUCUCGAUAAUAUCUCCGGUGAGACUCGUGAUGGAGAGAUUCUUGCCGUUCUUGGAGCUAGCGGGUCAGGUAAAUCCACUCUCAUCGACGCUUUAGCGAAUCGGAUCGCUAAAGGAAGCUUGAAAGGCACGGUAACUCUUAACGGAGAAGCUCUUCAAUCCCGGAUGCUGAAAGUUAUCUCAGCUUAUGUAAUGCAAGACGAUCUUCUCUUCCCGAUGCUUACUGUAGAAGAAACCUUAAUGUUCGCAGCUGAGUUUCGCUUACCAAGAAGCUUGCCUAAAUCCAAGAAGAAGCUUCGAGUUCAAGCCCUAAUCGACCAGCUAGGGAUAAGAAACGCUGCUAAAACAAUCAUAGGAGACGAAGGACACCGUGGAAUCUCCGGAGGAGAAAGACGGCGAGUUUCGAUAGGAAUCGAUAUCAUUCACGACCCGAUUGUUCUCUUCCUCGACGAACCUACUUCUGGUUUAGAUUCCACAAGUGCAUUCAUGGUGGUUAAAGUGUUGAAGAGAAUUGCAGAGAGUGGCAGUAUCGUAAUAAUGUCAAUACAUCAGCCAAGUCACAGAGUUCUCAGUUUGCUUGAUCGUCUGAUCUUCUUGUCACGUGGUCACACCGUCUUCAGUGGUUCUCCGGCGAGUCUACCGAGCUUUUUCGCUGGAUUCGGUAAUCCGAUACCGGAAAACGAGAAUCAAACGGAGUUUGCACUCGAUCUCAUCAGAGAACUCGAAGGAUCAGCUGGAGGAACAAGAGGAUUAGUUGAAUUCAACAAGAAAUGGCAAGAGAUGAAAAAACAGAGCAAUCCUCAAACCCUAACUCCGCCGGCUUCUCCAAACUCAAAUUUAACCCUGAAAGAAGCGAUUUCAGCCAGCAUAAGCAGAGGUAAACUAGUCUCCGGCGGCGGCGCUGGAUCAUCCGUCAUAAACCACGGUGGCGGAACCUUAGCCGUCCCUGCAUUCGCGAAUCCGUUCUGGAUCGAAAUCAAAACUCUCACCAAACGCUCAAUCCUCAAUUCUAGAAGACAACCGGAGCUACUCGGAAUGCGAUUAGCCACCGUUAUCGUCACCGGAUUCAUCUUAGCCACCGUGUUUUGGCGAUUAGACAAUUCACCAAAAGGCGUACAAGAGCGGCUAGGGUUCUUCGCAUUCGCAAUGUCAACAAUGUUCUACACUUGCGCCGAUGCUCUUCCCGUAUUUCUCCAGGAACGUUACAUCUUCAUGAGAGAAACAGCUUACAACGCUUACCGGAGAUCCUCCUACGUUCUCUCUCACGCCAUUGUUACCUUCCCUUCGCUCAUCUUCCUCUCUUUAGCUUUCGCAGUGACGACGUUUUGGGCUGUUGGGCUUGAAGGAGGACCAAUGGGCUUUUUGUUCUAUUGCUUAAUCAUCUUAGCCUCUUUCUGGUCCGGAAGCUCCUUCGUGACUUUCUUAUCCGGCGUCGUUCCACAUGUGAUGUUAGGCUACACGAUCGUUGUUGCUAUUUUAGCUUACUUCUUGCUUUUCAGUGGCUUCUUCAUCAACAGAGAUCGAAUCCCUCAGUAUUGGAUUUGGUUUCAUUAUCUUUCUCUGGUUAAGUAUCCGUACGAGGCGGUUCUUCAGAACGAAUUCUCGAAUCCUACUGAAUGUUUUGUGAGAGGUGUUCAGCUUUUUGACAACUCGCCUUUGGGAGAAUUGACGUAUGGGAUGAAGCUAAGGCUUUUGGAUUCUGUGAGCCGAUCGAUCGGGAUGAGAAUAUCGAGCUCUACGUGUUUAACGACGGGUGCUGAUGUUCUAAAGCAGCAAGGAGUGACACAACUUAGUAAAUGGAAUUGCUUGCUUAUCACGGCCUCUUUGGACACGGACUUCUUACCCUGGUUAGAACGAAUUGCUGGAGCAAAGAUAACUAACACGCUUUCGAUUGGGAAAUCCACCUAUGGCAGGUCACUGUUUGCCUCAAAAUUUAUCCAUGCCGGAGAAUGCAUGUUGAAAGUCCCUUUUAAUGCGUCUAGCUCUAACAGAAAUUUUCAGCAAAUAACUCCAGAUGAAUUGCCCCCGGAUAUUAGAGUUUCAUUGAUCGAUGACGUUGGGAAUAUUGGAAAGCUUGCUACUGUUCUAAUAAGAGAGAAGAAAAAGGGUCAAAAGUCUCGAUGGCUCCCUUAUAUCAGCCGACUUCCUCAACCUGCAGAGAUGCACAGCACGAUAUUUUGGGGUGAAGAUGAGUUCAGCAUGAUUCGUUGUAGUGCAGUUCACAAGGAAACCGUAAAACAAAAAGCUCAGAUAGAAAAGGAAUUCUCAUUUGUAGCACAGGCAUUUAAACAACAUUAUCCCAUGGUGAUUGAACGCCCAGAUUUGGAAGACUUCAUGUAUGCAUAUGCUUUAGUGGGAUCUCGUGCGUGGGAAACCUCAAAAGGCAUAUCUCUGAUUCCGUUUGCAGACUUCAUGAACCAUGAUGGGCUUUCUGCAUCAAUCGUUUUGAGCGAUGAAGACAAUCAACUAUCAGAGGUCACAGCAGAUCGUAACUACAGUCCCGGUGAUGAGGUGUUCAUUAAGUAUGGAGAAUUCUCAAAUGCUACACUCAUGUUAGAUUUUGGAUUUACCCUUCCUUACAACAUUCAUGACGAGGUUCAAAUCCAAAUGGAUGUACCGAAUGAUGAUCCUCUUCGCGACAUGAAGCUGGGACUUCUCCAGACACAUCACACUCGAACUGUCAAAGAUAUCAAUAUCUUUCACUCGUCUUGUGAUACUUUCACAAUCAAGGAAGUGAAAUCUGCUAUAGGAAAAGGGAAAGGAAUUCCACAAUCUCUCCGUGCAUUUGCUCGUGUUCUCUGUUGUACCAUUCCCCAAGAGCUAAAUGAUUUGUCAAAAGAAGCUGCACAAAAUGAUGGCCGACUAGCUCGUCUUCCUUUUGAAAACAGGAGUAGAGAGUUGGAGGCACAUAAGAUCCUCUUGUCUCAUAUCAACAGAUUAAUUGCGGAUCAUAGUGCUUGCAUCAAGGAAAUGGAAGAAUCUAAAAGCUAUUUUGUAUCACAAAGAUUUGCUGUUAGAAGGAAGAUGGCAAAAGAUCUCCUACACGGUGAGCUUCGUGUUCUGACAUCUGCAGCUGAAUGGCUCAAUUAUUAUUGCACAACCUUGUUUUCAGUCACUUCGGAACCGAUUUUACAGUCUCUACAAUAGCAAUAUACCUAUGAAUUGAGAUAUUGGAAUGAAUAAAAAAGAUUAGUGUUA